GAUAACUUUAUUGUGCUUUCGUUAGUCACCUGAUGUUUCAAAUUUCAAACGGCGAUCAACUUGAUAAAAGACAUGAGCAUAUAAAGUUCUAUGAACUAAUCCGUUAAUUUAUAAAUACCUUCACCUGCUUAUAGCGGCUAGCCGGCCGUCCGUCCUUUCAUCCCAGACCGUGAGAAUCAAUAUUCCAAUUGCGGCGGCAUGUCUAAUAUCAGCGAUAUUCUUCUUCUUUGAAAGCAUCUAAGAGUACCAUCUAAUGGACAGCUCCACCCUAAACUCUUCAGAUGAGAAGAACAUCGGUCUUUACAAUCAAAAUGAGGACGCAAUACGUAAGAGGCUUCUAAGGAGAGUCGAUUGGAAUGUUGUCGGUAUUCUGGUAUUCAUCUACGCAGUCAACUUUCUCGAUAGAGUGGCAGUUGGUCAAGCCAAGCUUGAAGGUAUGCUUGAAGACAUCAAUGUUUCAGAUAAGCAAUUUCAAAUAGCUUUGACUGUCUUUUACAUUAGUUAUAUGGUUUCUGAGAUUCCAUGGAAUAUGCUAACAAAGAGGAUUGGUCCGCAAAGGACAAUCCCUUUGAUGGCCUUAACCUGGUCUGUGGUAUGCACUCUUACUGGUAUCGUCAAAAACUAUCCUGGACUUCUAGCUGUACGCUGGUUCCUAGGCCUGGGUGAGGGUGGUAUUUUUCCUGGCAUGAUUUUCUUCUUGUCUGCCUGGUAUCCUAGAAAAAAAUUGGCAUUUAGAAUAUCAACUGUUUACAACGCGAGUCAAUUUGCAGGUGCAUUUGGCGGUAUAUUCUCCUAUGCACUAGCUCAACUGGACGGUGUUGGUGGAUUGAGAGGCUGGCGCUGGAUUAUUAUCAUCGAAGGUUUACUGAGCUUUAUAAUAGCAUUUACCUCUAUUUUCUGCAUACAAGACUUCCCGCAGAAGUCUAAACUUCUCAAUGAAGAUGAGAAAGGCGUGUGGUUUAGGUACAUUGAAGAACAACAAGGCGUGGCAGAAUCCAAGAAUGUCCCAUUCACUAUGGGCCAAGUCACGUCAGUAUUAAAGGAUCGUAGAACUUACAUGUUCAGCGCUAUUAAUUAUUGUAACGGCUCACUAUUUUACGCAUUAGCUACCUGGAUCCCUACUAUUAUUAAGUCUUUGGGUGAUUUCGAUGCCGCUCAGUCGCACCUUCUAACUGCUCCAGUAUAUGUUUGCGGUAUUAUAGUUACAUUUACAGCGGCGUGGCUUUCAGAUCACUUCCAACAGCGCGGAAUCCUCUGUAUAAUCGGGUUCGUAGUUAGUGGUAUUGGAUUCAUUAUUAUACUGUCUGUUCAAGCUGUGAGCGGGAAGUUCUUCAGUCUGUUCCUGAUGGUCAGCGGAACGAACAUUUGCAAUGCCGGUUUGCUGUCAUGGUUCGGUGCCACAUACGCACCACUUUAUAAACGUGCCUUUGCAGUAGGAUUCAUUGUAAUGUUGGGCAAUUGUGGCGGUCUUGUUAGCUCAUUCAUCUAUCCUGAAUCGACAGCGCCAAGAUUUAUUCCGGGACACGCUUAUUGUCUCGCUUUGGCUUUGACCGGUCUCAUAGUCGCUUCAAUCUUGCGUUGGACGAUUAAGAGAGAAAAUAAACGUCGAGACAAAGUUGGAGAUAAGGAUAUACUUAUGGGUAUGUCUGACCUAGAUAUAGCUUUAUUGGGCGAUAAACAUCCACAAUUUAGAUACGUUAUUUAGCAUAAAACUACUUAAUUUUUAUUUUGCAUAUAUAUUACUUCUCAAUAAACAGACAUGCGUUUGAGAAUAUGUUAUAAAUGGUAUCAUUACAUUAUUUUCCAAA